AUGGAAGCUUCGUUUGUAGAAUCGUUGAAUAUAUUUGAUUGUAAAUGGAUUUUUAUUAUUGUCAUAGUGAUGGCGCUUAGGUUUUAUUUCAAAGGUGCUCAAUUCAAAGAACGCAGCACGGCUAAAGGUUUGGUAGCGGUUGUAACAGGCUGUAAUUGUGGUAUAGGAAAACAGAUUGUACGAGAGUUGAACAUUCGUGGAGCAAAGGUGUACAUGUUGUGUCGCAAUGAGGAUCGAGCUCAGAAUGCUAUCAUUCAACUUGUUAAGCUUGGUUGUAAUCCACAGAGAUUGCUAGUCAAAGUGGUUGACCUUGCCCGGUUCAAAUCAAUCAAGGCAGUGGCAGCAGAAAUCAUAGAAGAAGAAGAUCAUUUGGAUAUUCUAAUCAAUAAUGCAGGUAUUAUGCUGUAUCCAAAGUUUAAGCUGACCGAUGAUGGUCAUGAAUUGGUCUGGCAAACAAAUUAUCUUGGACAUUUCUUACUCACUGAAUUACUUCUGCCUCUUCUUCGAGCUGCUCCAACUGCGCGUAUUGUCAGUGUUUCUGCAUUAGCCCAUUUUUAUGCCGAUCCCAUUGAUUUGCAAAUGAUUGAUCGUAGAGAAGGUUGGGAUUCGAGACAGUCAUAUGCGAAGUCGAAACUUGCUAUGGUAAUGCAUGCAUUUGAAUUGACUAGACGAUUGCGAGAAUGUGAAGAAUCACAUGUUACGAUAAAUGCAUGUCAUCCUGGAUUGUGCAAUACACGACUGAUGCGCUAUACACCACUACUACAAAAACCGCUGAACUAUCUCACUGCGCCAUUCAGAUGGUAUUUGCUAAAAACUCCGAAGGAUGGAGCCCAAACUGCGCUUUUUUUAGCUUUAUCAAAAACUGUAACUGGUUCUUCAGGACUUUAUUAUAGUGAAUGUGUACCCAAAUCAUUCAUUGAAAUGGCUGAUUGGGAGAAGAAAUGUGCCAAGUUAUAUGACUACUCGUUGCAUGCUGUAGGUCUUGAUGUUAAAGACUGA